GCUCCUCGCCUCGCGUCUUUCUUCCAGCAGUCGGUCAGUCGGCCGAGGCUUACAAAGGGUCAUUCUUUCGAAUCCUCCCCCCGGCGACAUUCUGUUACGAGCUCGGCCUCUUGCCCGAGCAUCCAGGAGAGAUUUAGGGGCCGGAUGCGAGAAGCCCAUCGAAAUUCCGGUGCGAGCUCUAGCGGCAAGUUGGGCCUCCACUGCCUCUCCCCGUCCCCUCCCUCAGUGGGAAGAAUGAUGACGACGAUUCGCGAGGUUCGAUAACGCGGAAUGGUAGACAGAUAAUAGAUCGGAACUGGAAACCGGCGCUUCCACGACCGGCAAGAAUUCGGACUCUGCUUGAAAUCGCUGUCCUCGUCCUCCCGUGGAGAAUGUAAGGAAGGGAAGGUGCUGCCGGAGGGGAAUUAUUGCAUUUGCUGGUGGACAGCGACGAGACGUGCCCAUCUUGGCCCCGAGAGAUCCAGACAUGAAGUGCAGCUCAUGAUGCUGCUGGUGAUGAUGAUGCUCGCGGGAGACGGAAGUCGGUGCCGCUGGAGUUCGGUGGCAGCCUGCUAAUUGAAAAUUCUGCGUGCGUGCGGGUGAGUGGGAAGGAGGGAGAAGAUGGGAGCCAAGCGGGGGACUUCGUUGCGAGUCCCGUUCCUCAUCCUUCUGACCUUCGCCUUCGUCCUCGUGCUGAGCUACGUGAAUUUCGAGCACUUCCCCACGACUUUCCAACUACCCGAGUACCUCCGAUCCGCGACGAGUAACACCAGCAGCAGCGCAUCGUGCAAUUGCUCGACCGGGCACGGAGAUCUCCUCGACGCCGACGGUGCCAGGCGACCGUGCGAGGGCGAGCAGACUGUGAAGUUCGUGGACCGGAUCGUGAACGUGACGGUGGAGGUGGAGAAGCUGGUCGAGGUGCCGGUCGAGAGGAUCGUGAACGUGACGGUGGAGGUUGAGAAGAGGGUCGAAGUGCCUGUGGAGAAGAUCGUGAAUGUGACGGUGGAGGUGGAGAAGAGGAUCGAGGUGCCAGUGGAGAGGAUCGUGAAUGUGACGGUGGAGGUGGAGAAGCGAGUCGAGGUGCCUGUCGAGAGGAUCGUGAACGUGACGGUGGAGAAGGUGGUGGAGAAGAGGAUCGAGGUGCCAGUGGAGAGGAUUGUGAACGUGACGGUGGAGAAGGUGGUGCGGGUGCCGGUGGAGAGGUACGUGGGCGUGAAGCAGUGGUGGGCGGAGGGCAGGCCCUGGCACAACCCGGGGCGCUUCCCGCUGUGCUCGAUGGACGUGUGCUUCAACUUCUCGCGCUGCGAGAACAUGGACAAGCUGCUGGUGUACUCGUACGACAAGCCCAUGCCGCCGAAUCGAUACUUCAAGGGCAUCGAGCAGACCCCGUACCACACGGCGGACCCCGACAAGGCCUGCCUCUUCCUCGUGUUCCAGGACGUGAACGAGCCGUGGCGCCCGCACCCGAACACGCUGCCGCAUUGGAACCACGGCAUGAACCACAUGCUCGUCACUUUCGCGGACCUCUGGCAGCAGCGCAAUCCCCCGCCCGAGACCAUCGAGAACGCGUCCGUCAUCAGCACGGCGCUAUACGAGACCACGUACCGACCGGGCUUCGACCUCGGCGUGCCACUCGAGGGCCGGGCGCACGCCACGUACCUGCAGAACCUCACUGCGUUCCAGCGCAAGUACCUGCUGACCUUCCGCGGGACGCGCUAUCUGGGGCUCGCCGGCGAGGGCGUGUUCCGGAGCGACCCCUCGUUCAAGGCCAUGCACAAUGGCCGCGACGUCGUGGUGGUCACGAGCUGCAAGCAGGGGACGAACGACAUUAUGCGCCGCGAGAAUCCCGAACUCGGGCGCGGCUGCGACGAGGACCAGGAGCUCUACGAGCGCUACGGCUUCUUCGACCUCAUGAACACGACCUUCUCGCUGGCGCCGGCCGGGCGCUCCGCCUCGUCCUACCGCCUGAUCGAGUCCAUGAGCGCCGGCGCCAUCCCGGUGCUCAUCGUCGACAACGCCGUCAAGCCCUUCGAGACGCUGAUCCAGUGGCACCGGUGCGCGCUGCAGUUCCCCACCGGCGAGAUGCACCGAAUCGUGCCGGCGCUGCGGGCGCUGUCGCACGGCGAGGUGGAGGAGCGCCGCCGCUACUGCGUCUGGGCCUACAACGAGUUCCUCAAGGACGACGCCACGCUGCUCCGAUCCGUCAUGCGCGCCCUCAAGGCGCGCUUCUUCGGCGCUUUCGCCCAAUUCUCGCAGUCGCUCCCGCACUAUCCGGGCCUCAGCUCCAACAGCAGCAGCAGGCGGCGGCUCCAGUUUCUGCGAGGCGCUCGCGCAGAGGCUUGAUCGUCGCUCCAUCGCUCCCCCGCUCUCCCCCACCCCCUAAGUGCGUCACUCGAAGAUUCUUCUUCAUCGGAUCGUCUUGUCCCUGACAUGCCCCCUCGCCCUGCGAAGACCCAAGGAGCGUUCGCGACUAGCGAGGAUGUGAGCCGAGCUCCCUGCACGAGGCAAAGCUCGAUUUCGAUUUCGAUUUUGACUCCAUGAUCGGCGAUCGGUGAGGUCGAAUUUUCAAUUUUCGAGACUGGACUCCGGAGACUCGAGGAAGAGAAACUGCUUCCGCGAAGGCGCACGUCCAUGCGUGACCAGUGAGAGGUCGUAAAGCGCUCGAGUCUAGAGGCGAACGAUCGAUUCAUUUUUUUUUAACUGCAGGGAAGGAGAUCGACGAGUGCUUCGACGAUCGCAGCGAAUCACUGCCGGGAUUUCGAGGUGAGGUCGGGGCGAGAGCGAGGGCGGGGGUAGGGGGCCGGGGGCCGGCCGUUUGUCUGGAUCAAAGCUGUCAGAACCUACCAUGCCUCGAUCCCCAGAGGCCGUAGCAGCCCGUGAAGGCCCGGGGGGGCGGUGCCCAUCGUCGUGAACAUGCUUGCGAGAAAGAAAGAUUUCGUCCCUCAUCACGGGUACGAGCAGCGGCGGCUGAUAACGGCGCAUACACACCCCCUGACAACCUCGAACUGCAUGUCGAUAGAUACUCGAUAAAGCCCAUUCGGAACACGAACACGGGGUUCGAGUGCUGCCCCUUUCCCGCUGCCCGCUGCCCGAGCAUCAUCACGUCCACGACAACUCGAACUCUUUUCUUCCGCUCAGCGAUUCUCUCUCAAUCUCUCUCUUUCUCCCUUGACCUUUCUUGCCCUGACAUGUCGUCGAUCUCCACCUGGCACUGACACGCUGGAGGGCUGGAAGGGUACCCCGAGACACCGGCACUCGAGCGCUAGUCUACGGAUGCAUGGGAAUCGUGGACUCGUAUCGUAUCGUAUCGCACUGUCCGAGACUGUACGCUUCUGUACUGCGAGUACGGUACCGAUGAAAUACUGUACACUGGCAGCUGGUUCUACCGGCCAUUGAGAUCACAUCGAGAGGGACGUCAGGAGGGUCUUACCGGCCAGAGACGACUGGAAGGUCAGGACAGCGUCCUCUGUCAACGUGAAUUAAAUAAUUGGACUCCCAUACGUAGACGACUUUCUACGACACAGCAUCGUUCCUUUUGGAGCGUUGAAAAAACAGUUCCAUGAUUUCGUGGAUGUUGGACAUGUCAGUGACUGCUGUAAACCGUUCUAACGUGAAAUACACAACGUAAUAACAACGUAAUAAGUAAAUAAAUAAAUUAUUAUUUAUUUAUUUAUUUAUUUAGAUGUCGAGAGAGCAAUUUUUUUUUAUCCCACGAGAUUGGGACUUUUCACCGAGUGGAAGAAUAAUGUGCCCUGUAAUUACAUCACGUGCGUAGCCUUUCGACUUGAGUUUCCACCCAUGGUGCUAUGGAUUCCAACAAAGUCACAUGUAAGUCCUAGUUGAGCCCUUAGAACCAUCUAGGAUAUAAACAACUAGCUUUAACCCCACAGAUACCGUUUGGAAAGACUACUAGACUAUGGGUAGAUCUGGAAUUUCUUUCGGAUGAAAAUCUUCAUUU